UUUUUCCUCAGUUGAAGGUGAAAAUUCUUAUUUUGGUUGUACUUCCAAGAUGUAGAAUCUGUGAUUCUGAAAUACAGUAUCACCUGUGUGGUGACUGACAGCAAACAUUAGAUUCAUCCGCACUGAGGAGCCGUACCAAUCCACAACCCACGUAAAAAUGACAAUUCAGCAAAUAACUGCACUUGCAGGUUUCAAACAGAGAUGGCUACUGUAGUGUAUUGAGUUAAAUACAUAAACCCAGGAAUAAGCACUGUUGGCAACUCGGGGUUAGACAUUGGUUGGCCAGUGAAUUGUCCAAUGUGACACCUGUGUUAACAGAGUUCGUGAUUCAGUGAUUGCACAGUAAAAACUAAAAGAAGAACUGCCCAUCGUUGUCCUGACUUUUAUUUGUGUUAUUCGAACAAACACAACAGUUGGCGACGAGGAUUUCUCCUAGUUUUUUUUUUAUGGAUGGGCGUUUUUUUUUCCCGGGGGAAAAGCGAAAAAGGGAGAGAAACCCAGACUCACGAAGACUGAGGGGUAGAUUCAGCGCGAAAUAGUAAGUGAAAGCAGAAAGAUGGCAGGAUAUAUUGGAAAGAUUGAUGCAUUUGACAAUGCUACGGAUGAUUGGACUUUGUACUGUGAACGAAUCGAGGAAUAUUUCAAAGCUAAUGACAUCGAUAAUGACAAGAGGGUGUCGGUGUUGUUGAGUGCAAUAGGAGGGAAAGCUUAUGCACUGCUAAGAAGCCUCACUGCUCCCACAAAGCCUGCCGAUCUUAGUUUUGACAAUAUUGUGAAAGUAAUGCAAGAGCAUCUAGCGCCAAAACCGCUGCUCAUUGCAGAACGAUUCAGAUUUCAUAAACGGAAUCAGAAUGAUGGAGAGUCAAACGCAGUUUAUGUCGCCGAAUUAAAAAAGUUGUCAGAACACUCAGUUUGGGGAUGGACUGAAUGACGCGCUGAGAGAUCGUCUAGUCUGUGGCAUUUCACAAGAGAGUAUACAGAAGAGAUUGUUCUCUGAGGCAGAUCUAACAUUCAAACGUGCGGUUGAAAUAUGCAGAAAGUGCAAUAAAAUGGGUCACAUUCAAAGAGCACGUCGAUCUGUUGUACAAUACAGUGAUAAGGAGAGACGGUACAAGAUUCAGAAAAAGAAAAGUAGGAAUGUGCAUGUUGUCGCUGAAAACUCAGAUGAAGAAAGUGAUAAAGGGUUGGCGAAUUUAGAAAUCUACAGCCUGAAAAGUGACUUGAAACAAGCAAUCUGGCUUACACCUCAAGUGAAUGGACAGCCAGUUAGAAUGGAAUUGGACACAGGUUCCGGCGUUUCAGUGAUGUCACAGUGCGAGUUUGAAAAACAUUUCAAGAUGGCUAAGUUAAAGCCACCGCCUGUCAAACUGAAAACAUAUACUGGUGAGCCCAUAAUUCCCCUAGGAGUGAUGCCCGUGACUGUUAAGUACAAUAAUCAACAGAGUGAGUUGGAUCUGUACAUAGUACGAACAGAGGGACCAGCACUUUGGGGACGUGACUGGUUGAGAAAGUUGCAGUUGGACUGGAAAUCCAUAAAAAGUCUGCAAAUCACAGUCCCUGCAUCAUCUAGCACGCAAAAGAAACUGGAAAAAGUGCUGGAUAGGGCUUCAGCAGUGUUUCAAUUGGGAAUAGGAACUCUGAAACAUAUCAAGGGGAAGAUAACCUUGGAUGAGAACGCUGUUCCAAAGUUUCACAAAGCAAGGCCCGUUCCCUAUGCUAUUCGCCAGAAAUUGGAAACUGAACUGGAUCGGUUGGAAGCUGAAGGAAUACUUUCAAAAGUUGACUGGAGUCCCUGGGCCACUCCUGUUGUUCCUGUCGCGAAGAAAGACGGAACUGUAAGACUGUGCAGGGAUUUUAAAGUCUCAGUUAACCCUGUAUUGCAGGCAGAACAAUAUCCACUACCGAGAAUAGAGGAUAUUUUUGCUACACUCUCAGGAGGUCAGCUUUUUAGCAAAAUAGACUUGGUGGAAGCAUAUUUACAAAUGGAAAUGGAGGAGGACUCAAAAGUGUUCUUGACUAUCAAUACUCACAAGGGCUUGUACUGCUAUAACAGGCUUGUUUUCGGUGUCGCCUCAGCACCGGCCUUAUGGCAAAAGGCUAUGGAUCAGGUACUUCAGGUUUGUCCUGGUACUCAAUGCUACCUCGAUGACAUCAUUGUCACAGGUGACAGUGACAAUAGUCACUUGGAGAACUUAGCACGAGUCUUGAAGAGAUUGGAAGAAUAUGGACUGCGUGCAAGACGUGAUAAGUGUGAGUUUUUCAAGGAAACAAUCACAUAUUGUGGGCACAAAAUCGAUGCAAAUGGUCUGCACAAGUGUCAUGACAAGCUAAAAGCUGUUGCAGAGGCUCCCCAACCGAAAGAUGUCUCACAAUUAAGGUCCUUCCUUGGAUUUAUCAAUUACUACAACAGAUUUUUGCCAAAUCUAGCCACUGUUCUCCAUCCUUUAAAUUCCUUGUUGCAAGCAGGAAAGAAAUUGAUGUGGUCAAAGCAAUGCAUGCAAGCUUUUCAGGAAGCAAAGAAACUGGUGAUGUCAGAUACAGUUCUGACUCAUUUUGACCCUCACAAACCAUUAAGGUUAGCCUGUGACGCCUCACCAUACGGAAUCUGA